AUGGAGAGAAUCCUCCUCUUGUCUGUUUUGGUGCUGGAGUUUCUGGGCCUUGCAUGGGCCCAGGAUAGGCUGAUAAGCCCAUCCAAGCUCGAGAAGUUCGUGGACGAAAUUCCAGAAAUACCAACAAUCAAAGGUUUCGAUGUAGUCAAUGGCUUUCCCGUUGCUAAGUCACUCCGUAUUGGCAUGUUUAGCAAAAAAUUGCGCGGCCCGUCUUGGUCCACAAAGACCUACACUUACAACAACAAACAACAAGUCGGGACCUUAUGGUACCACGACCACGCCAUGGGGUUGACUAGAGUCAACCUCCUGGCUGGCCUUGUCGGUGCCUAUCUCAUUCGCCAUCCUCCCACAGAAAAUCCCCUCCAACUCCCGUCCGGCGACUUCGAACGUCCGCUCGUCGUGUUCGACCGCGCGUUUCGAACAGACGGCUCGAUCUUCAUGAACUCGACCGGGAACAACCCCACAAUCCACCCCCAAUGGGAACCCGAGUAUUUUGGGGACGUUAUCGUGGUCAACGGGAAGGCGUGGCCUUACAUGACGGUCAAACGCAGGAAGUACCGCUUCCGGAUCAUCAACGCCAGCAACGCCAGGUUUUUCGCGUUCUACUUCGGAAACGGACUGACGUUAGUCCUCGUGGGUUCGGACUCCGCGUACAUCGAGCGGCCGAUGACUGUCGACGAGCUAUUGUUGGCGCCGUCCGAGAUUGUCGAUGUCGUGGUUGACUUUUCGAAGUCAAAGUCAAAAUCGGCAAUCCUGCGCAACAGGGCUGCGUAUCCGUACCCGUCCGGCGACCCGGUCAACGAGGCCAACAGUGAGGUCAUGAAAUUUAUCGUGGAGGACGAGCACGAGCAGGAUGGGUCGAGGAUCCCGGAGAAGUUGGUCGAGUACGCGGCCACGCGGGACCCACGAGCUGCAUCGAACACGAGAUACGUCGCGAUGUACGAGUACACGAGCGCGACAGACGAGCCGACGCACCUCUACAUCAACGGGAAGUCGUUCGAGGACCCAGUGACCGAGACUCCGAGAGUGGGAUCCACGGAGAUUUGGUACGUGAUCAACCUCACGGAGGAUAAUCACCCGUUGCACAUGCACUUGGGGCUAUUUGUGGCCUUGGAACAGAGGGAAUUGGUCGAGUUGGAUAAGUUUAAGGAUUGCAUGUCGAAACUCAACAAUGCGGUGGGGUGCCAUGUGGAGAGGCACGCGAUUGGGAAUAGGACGGAGGUGCCGGCGCACGAGAAAGGGUGGAAGAACGUGUUCAAGAUGAUGCCUGGCCACGUGACGAAGAUGCUUGUGAGGUUUUCGUACAUACACACCAACAAAUCGUACGCAUUCGACGCGACUAAGGAGCCAGGCUAUGUCUACCAUUGCCACAUUUUGGAUCAUGAGGAUAAUGUCAUGAUGAGACCCUUGAAACUUACGCGCUGA